UCUGUAUUAAAUAAUCCCAUGCCAUGUCGAAAAAAUGGUGUGUUAUGGGAGGGGGGCCACAGCCCCUUUGAUCUGCAGAAAUGUCUAUAUAAACAAGCGAGGUAUUUCAAAACUGAAAUAGGUAGGCAGUGAGAAAUUGAGGUUUUCUGAAAAAUGGGUGUAUCAGGAACUUUGGAAUACAUAUCAGAGAUGAUGAGCAGCAGACAGAAGCACAAAAAGAAGAAGCAAUUUCAAACAGUAAACCUCAAGGUGAGAAUGGACUGUGAUGGCUGUGAGCUCAAAGUCAAGAACGCCUUGUCUUCUCUCUCAGGAGUGAAAUCUGUGGAAAUAAACAGGAAGCAGCAGAAGGUGACGGUGACGGGGUACGUGGAGCAAGGCAAGGUGCUGAACAGGGCGAAAUCGACGGGGAAGAAGGCGGAGAUUUGGCCGUACGUGCCCUACAAUCUGGUGGCGCAUCCCUACGCGCCGCAGGCCUACGACAAGAAGGCUCCGCCGGGCUUCGUCAGGAAAGUCGACAACCCGACACCCGCCACCGUCGCCGCCGUUAAGUUCGAGGACCCUUACAGUUACAUGGCUAUGUUCAGCGAUGACAACCCAAAUGCAUGCUCCCUCAUGUAAUUACACUAUUAUUUUCUUUAAUUAAUUUCUUUUGGGUAGUAGUAUUAAAUAAUUUGAUCUCUCAUUUUUGUUCUAAUUAUUUAAGUAGGUCGUGAUUUGGAUGGUUUUUGGAAAUGUAUAGGACUAUGAUAUGAAUAUAAUUAAUCGAGUAAAUUAAUGUGUUUUUUAUAA